AUGUCCAAGCGAGCGCUGGCGGAGCCGAGCGCGGCGCAGCCCGAGCGUGGGCGCGCUGACGAGCCCCGUGUCGAAGAAGAUGGCAUGGGAGAGUUUGAAGAUGCAUUCGAGGACGAGAUCGAGAGCGACGAGGGCGAGGUCGUCGACAUGGCCGACGAGGGCAUGGAGAUCGACGGCGUUCCCGUCCACGGCAAGAUUCAAGAACUCGACGAAGACGAGGAGGAAGAGGCGCCGACCGAGGCAUACAUGCCGGGCCACAAGCCCCUGCCAGAAGGGCACACGCUCGUGCCGGACCAGUCCGCGUACCACAUGCUGCACCGCAUGAACGUGACGUGGCCCUGCCUCUCGUUCGACUUUUUGCAAGACCACAUGGGCGCACAGCGCCAGGCAUUUCCGCACUCGGCGUUCCUCGUGACGGGCACGCAGGCGGACGUCGCCAAGAACAACGAGGUGCUCGUGAUGAAGGCCUCAUCAAUGCACCGCACGUCGAAGGAUGACGACCUUUCGGACGAGGAGGACGACGACGACGAUGUAGACGAGGAUGCCGUGCUCGAGUACCGCUCGAUUCCGACGCUCGGCGGCGUGAACCGCGUGCGUGCUGCACCAACGUCGACGCCGACGUCGGACCUCGAGCCGUGCCUCGAUCCGUACCCUGUCGCGACCUGGUCCGAGACGGGCAAGGUGCCGAUCUGGGACAUCCGCCCGCUCUACAAUGUCCUGCAGAGCCCCGGCACGACGCUCGACAAGAAAAAGGCACACACGCCCCUCUUUACCGUCGAGGCACACCGCGGCGUCGAGGGCUACGCGAUGGACUGGGGAGGAAUUCUCGGUGGCGGCUCGAGCGGCAAGGGCGGCCACCUCCGCCUCUUGACCGGCGACGUGCACAGCAAGAUCUUCCUCACGACGAGCAACAACACAGGCUUUACGACGCACGCCGCGCCGUUUGAGAGCCACACGAGCUCGGUCGAGGAUCUGCAGUGGUCGCCGUCUGAGCCAACCGUCUUUGCGUCGUGCUCGGCGGACCGCAGCAUCCGCAUCUGGGACGUGCGCGUCAAGUCGCACCGCUCGGCGCUCGCCGUCGACGGCGCGCACGACCAGGACGUCAAUGUAAUCAGCUGGAACCGCGGCACGCAGUACCUGCUGCUGUCCGGCGGCGAUGAGGGCGCGUUGAAGGUGUGGGAUAUGCGCAACUUCAAGGCGCAGGACGGCGCGCCGUCGCCGGUCGCGCACUUUGAGUGGCACCAGGGCCCGAUCUCCUCGGUCGAGUGGCACCCUGAUGAGGACAGCAUCUUUGCCGCGUCGGGCCGCGACGACCAAGUCACCCUCUGGGACCUCGGUGUGGAGCGCGACGAGGACGAAGACGCCUCGCAGCUGCCCAAGGGUCCGAACGGCGAGCCUGUGCCGAGCCAGCUGCUCUUCUGUCACCACGGCGCCUCGGAGAUCAAGGAGGUGCACUGGCACCGCCAGAUCCCCGGCAUGCUCGGCAGCACGAGCGCCGACGGCUUCCACUUUUUCAAGACGAUCUCGGUGUAA